UCAAACGCUUUUCGAAAAAAGUUAAAUUUUAUGACGAUGCAAAAUUUGGUAUGGAUUUGCGGCGUGAAAAAAAUUUGAUUUGGAAAUUUGGUAUGUAAAAUCCGGUGUCAAGCAAGGAACACAGUGAAAAAUGUGUAAAUUUGAAAGGUGUAAUAUUACCUCUUUCAUGAUGUAACAUAACUUCAAUUUAAAAAAAAAAAAAGCAAAAUACUGGAAUUGUGGUGAAUUUACACAUUUUUAGAGGCAAAUUUUUUUUCUGACAUAAAAGAUGAAUCCAUCCCCAAAUUAAUAUUACCAUGAUUUUUAGUUUACUUGUUAGAUAUUUUUAAUACAAUAGAGCUUUCAGUGUAAAACACAGAAAUUUACACAAAAUACCGUUUUUUUAAUACUGAAUUUUUCAUGAUCGAAGGAAUUGAAAAAAAAAAUAUUUAAAAUAAUGCAAGGUAGAAAUUUCGCGUCGUUCGAUACCAAUAUUGCAAAUUAUAAAAAAAAUGUUUUAUAAAAACGAUAACAUUAAAAAAAAAUUAAAGUCAGACCGGAUUUUGUUUGGUUGAGUUCAUUUUAAAAAGUUAAUUUAAAUAAUUUAUCCGUCGAUUUUCGACGAUAAAGUAAUCAUCCCGACGAUGGCGAUAACUUUAUCGGUAUCGAUCCUCGAAAACGUUGAACAACAUUGAAAAAACCAAAUCAAAGUACGGCAUUUCAUUCUUCGGUUCUAAACAUAAUUCUAAUCGUACGGUGUACAUACUCGAUAAGGGGAAAAAAUCUAUAUAUUUGGGACAAACAAAACAUAAACUUCAGAUUUCACCAGAAUCGACGCUAGCGACGGGGAAAUAGAGGACAACCAGCAGCAAGAUAUGCAAAAUGUGUAAGAGCUUCAACGUACUAAACCAAAAAAAAACAUGGCAGAAACAAAAACGAACAAAUUUUAUGUUGUGAACAAAAAAGAGAGCAAAAACGACUACACCAUAAUCGUAAAUCAAUCAUUAUCUAUCGCAGAACAUAAGAGUGGAAUUGCUUUUACCAACGUUUUAUUCUUUUUCUCCGCUAAACUUUGGAACAUAUUUUUACCUUUAUUUCCAAGCUUAGAUGUCUUGUAUUAGUCGAGCAGAAAGAAAAAAAAAACGUAAUUAAAAGUAAACGAUGUGGGAGAAAAUCAAACAACUAAACGCUUAUUAGUUUUUACGCUGAGUGACUAAACAAACAGGCAUUGAUAAUGUCAGCUUAUCUAGAUAAAAAAGUAAACACAACCAAACCAAAAAAAAGUGGAAAAAAUAUACUCAUACAACAAAUCGAUAUGUUUCACGAGUAACUAAACAAGACAAAUAUUAUAACCAAAUAUCGCUUAGUUAGUAUAACUUUCUAUCUCAUCCGGAGGUGAAUCCACAACAUGCGAUUAGGAAAAAAACAACAAAACAACAAGAAAAGUAAUACAGUGCAAAUAUUUCACUGAACAAACAGCGAAAACCAUCACAUCUUUAUGACAUUUUAUGUUGAAAACAAACAAAAACUACAACCUACUUGCGGAAGAAGAAUAAAAAAAUAACUCUAAGUAAAACCAUACAAAUAGUGCAGCAAAUAGCUAAAACCAAAACAAUACGCGUCGCGACAGCUUUGAAGUUAUUUUUUUGUAUACACACACAGUAGAGUCGACCGGAGAAGGCAAAACAACUUUGUGAGAGACCACAACCAGAGGAGGUCAGAGCAGAUCAAAUUAUGAUAACACAAAUGUAAAAAAACAAACAAACAAACAAACUAUCUAAUUGUGCAACACUAAAACAUUAACAAACGCAAAGGACAAUGUAAAAAAAAAAUGCUGCAAGUAAAGAACGAGAAAACGUGUGUGAACAAAUAGUGGACACGUGAAGUGAAGUGAUUGAUUGACGGGCCAUGUCGUAGAAUGUCGUUAUAUUUUCGAGAUCAUUUUUGCGUUAACUUUUUGAGGCAUGCAUUUGAACAACACAUCACCAAAAAUAGGGCAAAACCACUGAUGGAUGCUGAGAAGAACAAGAAACCAACAUUGUAAAAUUGAAUACCAUGUUUUGUAAAGAUAAGUAUUAUUGUUCUCUAUGAAAAAGUCAGAAAAAAUAUACAUUUGAAUUAAACACGCCAUGAAAAGGGAUAAAAGUGACGAACACGUGUUUGUAUUGCAUUGACUUUCGUUCCUUCACAGCAGUGUGCCAUGAGUUUGCGCUAGUGUCAAAGUGUCAAACGAUCGCGCGAUGAAUUUCAUGAAGAGCCGUAUCGAUCGUCCGGUGGAUCCGCUUCCACGGCCGCAGGUCUUCCGCCACAUUCAACCCCGCCCCGCGGGGACCAGUCGGAGCGGUAGCAAAGGUAGCAUUCGCGACACGCUGAACGAAACCGUCGCGGCGAACGAGCCGUACGUGGUGUGCGCCCUGGCGGAAGGUCGUGGCCACGCCGCGCUCGAGAUUGGCCUCGCGGCGAUUGACGUUUCGGCCGCGCCGGUACUGCAGAUGAGCCAGUUCAGUGACAACUUUUGGUACAGCAACGUGCUAACCUCACUGCAGGCGCUGAACCCGAACGUGAUCUUUUUCAGCGAUCACUCGCUAAACACGCGAUCUUCGAACCUCCCGACAAUCAUCCAGCAGUUUCUUGUGGACGUGCAGAUCGUGUCGCUUCCGCGGAGCUUCUUCAACGACUGCAACGCGGAAAAGUACAUGGACGACCUGUGCAGCUCGAGCUACCAAACUCUGAAGCAGACGGUCCACUGCAAGUACUACGGGUUGGCUGCGGUCGGGGCUAUCCUGCGGCACUGUUGUGAGGCCGGUUUGUUGCGGAUUGCGGCAAAGUCGCUGCAGUUUAAGUACGUCAACAAAAAGGACACGAUGGCGAUCGAUGUGGAGUGCGUUGGCCACCUGGAGGUCAUCUUUUCGCUGCAGAACAUGGCCGACAAGCAGUCGCUAUACCAGUUUGUGAACCACUGUAUUACGGCCGUGGGUAAGCGGCACCUGAGGGCAAACCUGCUGGAACCGAGCAGCAAGCGGUACGUCCUGGAAGCCAGGCUUGCCUGUAUUGGAGAGCUUUUGGUGAACUCCGAGCUGUUGGGUGGGAUUCAGCGGAUUCUUCGAGGUUUGGUGGACAUUGGAGCGCUGAUGAAGCUUUCGGUGGAUGUCGAUAGUACGAAAUCGUCCAAACAAAACACGCUGCAUGUGUUGAACCAGGCAAGCACUCUGCGAAAUGCCCUUCGCAGCGUUCCCGAACUUGAGGAACUGCUCGGCCAAGCUGAAGCACCCUUUUUGCGGGCAAUUCGCCACGUCCUCGCAACCGAAGUGUACAAGAGGCUGUACGAUCAAAUCUGUACCGUGCUGGACGCUGACGGAGCAAACCCGCAAACGGCAAGCUACUAUCGGCUGUUUCUGAUCAAGUCGGGAGUUUCGUCCACACUUGACGUGUUCCGACGAUUGUACUCGGAAGUUAUAGAUGAAAUUCGAGAACAUAUCGCCGAUCUGACCCGCGAACUUCGGCUGCUGUUGAAGAUGUCCUUCAACAAAACCACCGGCUUCUACAUCCAGCUAUCCGUCAAGGAGGGCACCACCGUGCUUCCUCCGGUUCUGAAGGUGUUGAGCCGAGCCGGAAAGCGAUACAGUUUGACCACGAGCACGCUGCAAGCGUUGAAUGAGCGGAUCGAAGGUAUUAUUCAAGAGAUUGAAAGUGUGAGCUACGGCAUCAUAAGGCAACUGAUCGACACGAUCCGAGAGGACAUCGAGCCGGUUUAUCUGCUGGUGGCGCACAUUACCGAUCUGGACAUGGUGCAAUCGCUGGCGGUCGUCAGCCAGGACAAGGACUACUGUCGACCGAACUUCGGAAGGUGCACCAAGAUCGUUGGGGCGCGACAUCCCCUGCUGGAGUCAUACGGUGCCGUUAACAAGGUCGUCCGGAACAAUGUGAUCGCAACCCCCGAGUACAACGUAUUCCUCGUAACGGGUCCCAACAUGAGCGGUAAAACGGUCUACAUCAAGACGAUUUGCCUGCUGCAGAUCAUGGCUCAGCUCGGAUGCUACGUUCCGGCUGCCAAGGCCGAAUUCCGUAUCGUUGACCGACUGAUGGCCAUCUUCGGCGCAGCCGAGAGUGUCGAGCAGGACCUUUCCAACUCUUCACGGAUGGCCAAAAAGCUGGAGGUCAUCGCCCACAGCUUGUCCGUGGAUAGUCUGGUCGUGAUUGAUGAGUUGUUCGGCGACACUCAACACCCGGAGACGGACAGUCCCCGGUGGAAGUUGCUCGAACAGAUCGCGGGCUUCAUCGGAUUCGACCCCAGUGCCAAGUGCGAAAGCUUGUCCGCUAUUCGCAGACCAUUCAUCUACCUCACCACCCACUGCCACGACAUGCUCCGACCGCUGGAACACAUGCACAACGUGUCCCGGCUCUGUCUUCAAACGGAAACUGUGACCGUCGAAGGUUCCGAUCGUCUUCGUUACAAAUACACCGUCUGAGGGAAAACCUCCGUGAAGAACUACGGAAUAUCGCUGGCGCGAUGCGUCCGCAUGCCGCCAACUGUAAUAACCCGCGCGGAGCAGAUCAACGAGCAGCUCAAGGCACGAUCGUUCGCCGGGCAAGUCAACGCCCACAAUUCAACCCUAGCGGACGAAACGCUCUCCACCCAGGCCAACCUCCGCUGCUUCGACAAACGUCUGUACGACCUGUACGCCCAGAUCGCCUGCGUCCUAUCGGCCCCCACCGACGGACAAGACUCCGACACGCUAACAACCCAUCUGAACAGUGUUUUGGAAGGGUUCAUCUCAGCGUUGCCACCGGAAGCGGUGCGUUAUUUGCGGCACACCCCCCUGGACGAGUUGCUUCGGAAGGGAUCGGCGGGACCGGCGGCGGAGAGAACGACCACCACCGUGGUGGAACCAAGCGUGAGUGACUUUGCGGUUGCUGAAAGUGACGACGAAGGUCCGCACGAUGUGGAGUCGGUUGAACAUAUUGAAAUUGAUGAAACGAUCGACGAGGAGCAGCUGUCGGAAGAUCUUUAGAAUUCAAUUAAUUAAUUGUUUUUUAUAUU